UUUCUAUAUGAUUAAAGAUAAUAUAUUACUCUUGCAAAGAAAAGAAAAACAAAAAGAGCAGAUCCAACUGCUCUCAAGAUCGCAUCUGAAUCAAAGAUAUAUAGCAUGAUCAAAGAGGCGAUCAAUUCAUGUGUUCAUCCGCCUUUCGAUGGUGUUAUGGCUGAAUCUGAUAAGGAAGUGGAGCUUGAUGCAACAAAAGCCAAGGUGGAGAAAGUUAGAGAAGAAAACGAAAAGUUAAAACUCUUACUCUCUACGAUUCUUACUGAUUACAACUCACUUCAAAUGCAUGUCUCCAACGUUAUCCGACAACAACGUGAAGCUUCUAUGAAGCUAGACAUUAAUCGUCACGACAACCUCGGUCUAGAUAUAUCUCUUAGGCUUGGAAGAUCAGACCCGAAUAUUUCCCAAAAAGAGAAUGAAAUAGAGAAGAUUAGUCUAGACAAGAUUUCUGAUGAGAACAAGAAAGUGUCAGACAAGAAAAGAUCUGCACUCGGUUUAGGAUUUCCAAUUCAAAGCAGUGAUGAAGAUCCGAAAACUGAUCAAACCAUGAAGUUAGAUUAUGUUUCUAGAGAUGUUAAGAAUAAAAACGCGGAGAACAAAUGUGUGUCUUCGAGGAAAGAUGCUAAAACAGCUAGAAAUGAAGAUCAUCAAGAGGUUUUGGAAGGAUAUGAGCAACCAGCAGGUUUAAAGAAAACUAGGGUUUGUGUGAAAGCACCAUGCGAAGACCCAUCAAUAAACGACGGUUGCCAAUGGAGGAAAUACGGUCAAAAGACUGCAAAAGCAAAUCCUCUUCCACGAGCCUAUUACCGCUGUUCCAUGUCCUCAAAUUGUCCCGUCAGAAAACAGGUCCCGAAGCCGAGGAUUAGUACAGGCUUCGGCUCGGGAUCUGGUCUGGUUGUGCAAAGAUGCGGCGACGAUGAAACUUCCGCUUAUAUGACCACGUAUGAAGGAAAUCACGACCAUCCUCUACCCAUGGAAGCAACUCAUAUGGCUGCCGGAACUUCCGCUGCCGCCGCCUUAUUACAAUCUGGCUCCUCCUCCUCCUCCGCAAGUCUGAGCUAUUACUUCCCUUGUCACCACUUCUCUGUCUCCACCACUAACUCCCACCCCACCGUAACACUUGACCUCACACGACCAAACUAUGAUCCCAAUCAAUUACCAAACUACGCUCUUUCUUCCUCCUCUCUCAGCUUCUCCUCCUCUGAUCGUCCAUCUUCAUCGAACAGUCGCACCUUGAGCUUUAAUGGCUUGAGAUCACAAGCUCCCUUAAGUACAUAUUCACAAAUGGCCCGUUUAUCACAUCAAACCAAACUUUCUGGACAACAUUAACUAUAUAUAUAUAUAUAUAUAUAUAUGUUUUUUUUGCUUUUGUUAAUACAUGCUUUUUGUUUAUUUUUUUCAUCUAUAUACGUUUUCAAACUAUUUUGGAAAUCGUGAACUUACAACUCAAAACUAAUCAACAAUAAAUCGAUUAAUC